AUGUCCGCCAACGAAAUGAGAACCGAAGCUGAGCACCACGGCGAGAGCCUCGGCUCUCGGCUCACCAAGAAAAUCAGCAAGAAACUCUCGCACAGUGGCUCCAAAGAGGGAGCUAAAGAAGGUGCCAACGCGAGCUCAAGCAAAGAGACUGCCGGCGAAACUGGCAUGGGCCAACAGGCUCUCAACAAAGGCCAGGAAAUCAAGGACCAAGCAAUGAAAGGAGAUUCCAGUGGUGCCAAGGACAUCGCCACUAAAGGAGAAAACACGAAGAAUACCAUCGGCCAGGGAGAUAUGGAAGGGACCGUUGGCGGACUCGGCUUGAGCGAGGAAAAUGCGAACACCAACAACGGUGCAGUUGCCAGCGGACGACCCGGAGGAUACAGACCAAGUUUUAGUAUUGGACCCAUCGAGUACAACGACGAUAUCAAAAAGGGCCCUAUCUCGACAGGCAUCCAAAGAGACACUGGCCAGACAGGUCUCGGUGCGAUGGGGAGCAACAGCCAGGAUGGGGGAAUAGAUACCAGCAAGAAGAAACUAAGUCCACCUCUGAUGGGCGGCUCUCAGAUGGGGCAAGGAACUAGUCAAACUGGACAAGAGCUCAAUCAAGCCCGCUCUGCCAUUGGCCCAGGCCAGAAUCCGAUGGGUCUUAGCAAAGAUCCAUCGACACUCAGUCCAGGCUCGAAAGGUCUCAUGCCAACCCAACAGGGUCUCAGUCCAACUCAACAAGGCCUCAGUCCAGCCCAACAUGGUCUGGGUCCAACCCAGAAGGGUCUAAGCCAGGGCCAAAAGGGAAUGGGACAGUCUCUUCCCAGCACAGCCAAAGCUGCCGGCGCAACUUUCGGUGGCGAGGAAAUGAUGCAGCAAGAGCUUCGUGACCAAUUGGCUAUCGGCAACGAUGUCUUUGGCAACUUGGGCGCCGACAAAGCAGCCACCAAGUCAACAACCAAAUCACCUUCCCAGCAAGCAGGCAAAGGUGGCUUCGGUGCGUUUGGAGGUGGUGCUCUUGGGAAUAUCUUCCGCCGAGCAUCUGGCCAAGGCAAAUCGGCCAAGAGCAAUGUCACCAAAGAAAAGCCCAUGCAGACGACGCAGACGACUUCGCAAACGUCCAAAACAUCCAAAACUACCGAAAAACACGGUAUCAGCCGAGACAAUAUUGCUGGAGCAGCUGCUGGAGCAGGUGCCGGUGCGGCUCUUGGAGGAAUGGGAAUGAAAAAAGGCAUGGAUCAUGCUGGUGUGAACAGCUCUGACAUGACCAACACUGGCACGACCAACACUGGCAUGAACAAGUCCGGCAUGGGUCAGGGAGGCAUGGGUCAGCCUGGUAUGGCUGGUAUGACUGGCAUGCCCAUGAACUCGAAAGGACAAACCAGCACAGAUUUGUCUCUCCAUGGCGGUACUGUCAGAGGAGGCAAUGCUGUCAUGAGUGGCUCUGGCGAGUCUCCCAAGACUACCAGCUCGUCCGGCAAAGCAGGCGCCGCUGCAGCCACUGGAGUUGCUGGUGCUAGUGCUGGUGCUGCUGGCAUGGCCGGAAAGCCUGGCAUGUCCAAUAAAUCUGGCAUGACUGGAACUCGAGGAACGGGUAUCACCGACGAUAUGACCCAGCAGGGUCUCAGCAAGGAUGCUUCCAGCCGCGGAUACUCGGGUGCCACCAGCUCGACCACCACCAAUACCAGCGGAGUGUCCACUCGAGCCGUCCGAGGUCUGAGUACCAGCACCCACAAGGUCACUGUUCUCCAGGAUAAAGUCCAGGCAGUCUCGCAGAAGUGCAAGACUCAAUUGGGCGUUUCGGCCAGCGAAAUUAGCGAGCGCAGCCCAACCGUCGAUACUUUCUUCGAUGCAGUUGCGGCGGAACGCCUGCGCUGGAUGCCUCGUGAUGGUAGCAGACUCGACUGCAGUCUCCGGUGGGCGUCGCGACUGGCAUAUGCAGUCGAUGCUCUUCGUGAGUCGACUGGACUGUUUGCCCCAGGUGCCGAUGCAGCUGCCCAAUUGAUCUGGGGAUUCAUGAUUCUUUUGUUGGAGUCUGACAUGGACAAUACCGAUCUCUUCGAAAGUGUCUUUGGCCGAUAUGGACGCGUUGCUGUUGGCAUUUACUUGCUCCUUCAAUAUGAGUCUGCCUACAAGACCUCUACUCCCCUCCAGCCCGAAGCCGCUGCAGUGUUUUCGGACCUUCUUGAAAUGGUCUGUACCACUACGACCAGCUGUGUUGAAGGGUUCAAGGCCAAGGAAUCGAAUCAACUUAUCGAACACAACGUUGACGCAGCCUUUGUCACCUACGCGAGGCGUUACUCGACCCAUUGGAAUGCCAUCGUCGAGUCCGCCACAUCGAAGCUGGUCAAGCAAAGCUCGCUGAUCUACUCGAGCCCCGAGUUGGGCAGUCUCCGCCAGUUCCUCGGCGUCCAGGACCGUCCACUUCAGUUCAUCCUUGAAUCUCGCAUGCACUCUCUUGCAGAGGGUUCCUUCGAAUGGUUCAACAGCAAUCUGUACGAUUUCUCAAUUGGUAAGUCUCCAGUUAUGCUGGUAACUGGCGGUGCAGGAUCUGGAAAGAGUGCUCUUGCCCAGUGGACCGUCGAGCGUCUGCAGGAAUCAGCAGAGCAUGAUAGCUGGAAUGUUAUUCCAUACACUAUCCGCGCCGAUAUUCCCGUUGCAACCUUGACACUGCGCAUUCUAAAGGGCAUCCUGCAUCAGAUGCUCGACCACUGUGUCAGCGAUAAGCAGACCCAGGAGGCGAUUCUGGUUCAAGUUGCCAAGGCAGCUCAAGGUGCCCUGGACGGAGCCGGCGACGUUGAGGUUGAAGAGUGUCUCUGGCGAGGUAUUCGUACCGGCUUGGCGUCGAACAUUCAGUACAUGUUCGUCGUCGAUGGCCUCGACCAGAUCAAGGGUGGAGAUGGCGACGCAAUUGCCGUUCUGGAAAACUUCACUAAGAUCCUGACGGAACAGAAUGCGGGCUCCAAGAUGAUUGCAUUCACCAGACCGCUCGGUUCGAAACCACACUCCACGAACAUCGAGCAGUUCAUGAUGCAGACCACGCAGACUCGAACUGAUUUGGUCGCUUUUGUCAAUAAGAUGCUCUCUGCCUCGCACUUUGAUACCGCAAAGGGUGACCAGCUCCAGUCUACCGUUGCUGCUAUCGUCAACCGCUCGCAGGGAUCCUUCAGCUGGGCCGAGAUGGCAGUCGAGUAUGCCAAGCAGCAGAGAACUUUGGCGCAAGCCGUCUCAUCUGUUCAAAGUCUGCCACAGCCUAUGACUGAGCUACUUGACUUCCACAUGAAAAACCUUGAUCUUAGUCAACACGAGGCAGUGUCCAUCAUGUCAUGGCUAGCUGCAUCGGAGAGACCUCUUCUCGUCGAAGAGAUUGAGGAACUCCUACGUGUUGAGUCCAAGGGACCGAGCUUCAUGUCGCGUAUGAGCAACACUGAAAAACAAUGGUCCAACGCACUUCGUCCUCUGGUUAUGACGCGUGAUGGAGUUGUUUCCUUUGCACACACAUCCAUCCGUGAUCAUGUCAUCGGCCAAGCUAGAGCUGCCAGUGUCAAGUCGCCGCUCAAUCUCAAGGAAGCCCAUUUGGAUCUUCUCAUGAGAUGUCUUGGAUGGGUGCAGCUCAGCGUCCGGGAAGAGACUGAGCUCUCGAUGGACAAGUUGAGCAUGGAAGAGCGCAACCGCCUCUUCGACAAAUAUGUCAUUCUGGAGUACACUGCUCGCUACUGGCUCUCUCACCUCUUGUCAUCGCCUUUGGUGUCCGAUGAGGGCGAGUUCCAGUUCACAACAAGCUUCCAGAAGCUGCUGCCCGCGACCGUCCUCUUCGCUCGUAUUGAGCUGACAUGCAAAGAGUCGCAGUUUACUCGGUCAAGUGUUGUGGAGUUGUACCGCCUCGCGACAGACAUCCGUCGCCUGGCCCUGGGCGAGAAAUCCAUGGGACUCCUGGAAAGCUUGCUUCUCAGCGCCCGCGUGUCCAAGCUUGCUCAUGCUAGCCACGCCGAUGAGCAUUGCUACGAGGCAUGGAGACUUAGCCAAGAGCUUCUGGGCCAGUCAGAUCCCAUCACUCUGAACUGCGCCGAGAUGAUGACCCAGUCGUUCAGCGAGCGCGGCACGAUGACCUCCCAGCAGGAGGACAUCAUGAAAUAUCUCAUCCUGACCGACUCCGAAGUCACUGGAGUUGAGUUCAACCAGCGCCUGAAAUACCUCGGUAUGAUCGUUGGCAUGUACAAGUCUCGUGGUGACAACAGCUCUGCCCUUCUUAUAUCGAAGCAGUUCUACCAGCAAAUUCUUCAGAAAUACGGUACCAACUCGAGACAAUCCUCCGAGGCUGCUGACUUCCUCACGAGUCAGUUCUCAGCCACUGACAGUGACGAGAUGAGUCGCGACAUUGCGAGAACCAAAUAUGACAAUGUCAUCCGAACCAUGGAAGUCACGGACGAGCGUCGCAUCAAGUACUCCUUGUACAUGGCCCAGCUUUACGAGCAACAAGGCCAGCACGCCCAAGCCUCACCCGUUCUGUCGAGUCUCUGGGCUGGUCUCAAUGCCCGCGAUAUCGAUUCUGUGGACAUGAUGGACAAGAAGGCCAACGUGGCCCUCAUCUAUUACCAAUUCCUCCGUCGCCAAGGCCGCAAUGACGAGGCUGAAAUUAUCAUGCGUGAGCUUGUCGCCGACUUGGAAGUUUCCGGCAUCCAAUCCCCGGAGAUGAUGCAGCGCGUACAGCUCCUGCGUGCCGAGACUCGCGAGAUGCAAAUGUACAGUCUGGACCAGUCUUUGUCCAUCCUCAUGUGGCGCUAUUACAAGCAGAAUCACCAGGAGUAUACACCCGAGGCCAGAAAUUUGGCAAUGUCGCUGGCUGAAGGCAUGGCCAAUUCGGUCUCCAUUGAGGACUCCACCAUGAUGUCUGGAAGCGAUCGUAAGCUGAUGGUCGAGCUUUUGGACUCCAUCACCUCGUCGCCCACCAACAUUUCCGUGCCCACUUUGAUUCUCUGUCACAAUCUGUCAAGUAUCUAUGUGCGUGAGGAGGACUGGAAUGAGGCAAGCGAUUGCUCCAAGGCUGUUCUGCAGCAUGUCUAUCCUUCCAUUGAGCAGCCUGGCUCUCACAAGAAAUUCACCACUGAACUGGCACCUCCUGUUGCUGAUCUGGCUCUGAUUCUCGCCUAUUGUCACUUCCGAAGACUGCAUCUUGAACAGGCUACCACUGUGUACGAGAAUGCCUUUGGCUCUCUGGUUGUCUCGGACAAGGUACCCGUCGCUUCUGUUCUGGCUGUCGCCAAGGCCGUUGUGGAAUUCUAUGAAACGACCUUCCAGUUCACCAAGGCACUUACGCUUCUCCACACAGUCAGCAAUUUUUUGACCUCUCGACUGGGCGAAACGCACAAGCACACCAUUGAGAAUAUGUACCUUGAAGCUGCACUGGCCGAUCGACUGGAGAUGAACAAUGAGGCCAAGAGCACCUACGAGCGCAUCUACAAGAACACUCUCCGUGACAACAAGAUUGCUCCCGAGGGCAUGGAAGCUGCCCUUGCCCUUAUCGGUCUCUACGAGAAGGAGAUGCAGUGGAGCUCGGCCUUAGACAUCUACCGUCAUCUGUGGCCCACAGUCGUCGUACAUGACAAAAUGCAUGCCUAUGAUCAAAUUCAGACUGAGCGUCUGCUCGAGAAGACAUACAUCGGUUACAUGACCAUUCUGACGAGUCAUAUGAAGAGCUCCGACUUCACCGAGAGAUACAAGGUUUCUUCUGACUACGUGACGACCUGCCGCAAUGUCUAUGGUCCCACGCACCAGAAGACCCUAAGCGCAACUCUUCUCUUCGCCGAGCUGUGUGAGACACAUGAAUCGUACAUCGACCAGGCUAUCACGCUAUACAAGCAGCCUCUGCAGAUAAGCGAGUGGGUGCCAACUUCCCAGUCGUCCAAGGGCCUGGACCAGAUGACCCAGGCGCUGCCGAUUACUCUGAAGCACAAGCUGGCUCAGCUGUUCGUUCGAAAGCGUGAUUCUACCAGUGAAGCCCGCUCGCUGUACACUGAGGAGUUCCAACUUGGCAAGAAGACCCAGGGUUAUUUCUCGACCACCACGCUGUCCUGGCUUCGUGAGCUUGCCCUCGCCCAUUCCCGGCAGGGUACACCUACUUCUGUCCAGCAGGGUAAUGCCCUUCUUCACAACUAUGUCACCGAUUGCCUGCAUGCCGGUGGCGACUCGGACAUGAUGGCCAACUGGGCACGGAAGGUCGCUGCGAUCUAUCUCGAGUGCGGCUUUAUCGAAGGAGGAAACAAUGUUCUCGAUGAGCUACGUCAACGCGUGGUCUACGGUUCUGAAACAUCUGUAAUGGUUCUCAGCGACCGCCGAGACACAGUAUUCACGGCCGCCUUUGAAGAAGCCUUCGGCCGUCGCGCCACCUCCGAGCAAAUUAUGAACGAGAUGGCCCGCGAAAUGCAAACCCAGCAGGCCUUUGCGAAGAACCUGUCCGGCCAUGACUUCAUUCCGACCUUGAUCUCUGGUGAUCGUCUCGUUCGUCUGCAGACGGACCAGAAUCGGACUCGGGCCGCAAUGACUACACGCAACAAGCUGUACGAGUACUUCUGCACCACGCUAUCUGCUACAUCAAUCGCAGAGCGGGAUGUCGUCAAGCAGUUCUUUAAGAUCUGUCUACGGGAAGUCCACACUGAGAAGUAUAACAUGAAUAUUCUCAGCACGACUACCAAACUCGUCCGCGACUUGUGCAAUUCAUCCCGUUUCCAGGAUGCAAGUGACGUAACAGGCGUGCUGCACUCGUUCCUCCAUCUCACAGAUGGUCUCAACAACUACGACAGCAUCAUAAACGCUACAAAGUUAUGCCUCUAUCUCAGUGGCCACCAAGCAACCAAAUGCGAAGACAAAGCGAUCCAAACCGAAAUGUCCGCCAAAGUCAAGAUGCUCCUCCAAGAACUCAUGGCCUCCUCCAAGGCCAUCGGCAUCGAAAUUGUCGAUCUGCCCUUCCACGACUUGAACGAUAUAAUCACCCUCCUCGGCGAACACGAGAUGUUCGACGAUCUGGAAGGUAUCCUGACUCAACUGUGGACAUCACGUAUCGUCCAACGAACCUGGACCCCCGACGUGGUCGUCUGGAUCGGUCGCCGACUCGUCGAAACGCGCUUCUGCCGUGGUUCCGUCGAUUCAGCCAUCCAGCUCUGUCGCGAUAUCUGCUAUAACCUCCGCCAAGUAUGGGGAUCUUGUGACCCAGUCACCCUUGAAAUGACCAAGCUUUUAUCCGGACUCUUCACCGCAUCUAAUGAUCACAAGUCCGCCGCUGCGCUGCACGAAGGUGCCCUGCAUGAUCUGAUGGGUGACUCCGAGGCGAAGAAACAUCCCCGUGCGGCGGAUACUGCAUCCCAGCAUAUGGAGCUUCUCCGUCGGGCACAGUCUCGUUUGGGAGCCUCCACCAAGGCUUCCGCCCAUGCUGGUCUCAUGUCACAAGUGGCAGAUCGAUUCGGGUUACAGUCGGAACAGAUCCAGGGCGUUGGUGAUGCGAAUGGUGGUGAGAAGUUUGGUGUUUGGUCGAGACCUAGACGGUUUAGUAUUGAUGUUGAGGAUUUGGAUGAGCAGGGGCAGGCUCAUCAUAAUCAUUUGCGUGAGUCGAGUGGUGCUGGUUUGACUAAUGGUAGUGGUGCGCCCAGGAGGAUCUCCGUGCAGGCACUGUGA